AUGGAUGAUGCUGGCUGUUGGGUCCUGCUUGGAUAUCUGCUCCUGCCUUUCUCUGUUGUGGGUAAGUUCUGCUUAGAUGUGGUGAGGAACAGGACAUUAAGCAGUAUUUUUAAAAAAAUAAAAUGAAAUUGGACAAUUUCAUUUCUCUUUCUCUUCCCACUGCCCUAAAAAUGCAUUUAUUAGAUGUGGCAUUCAUUUGCACAAUCAAGAACUGCUCUUCUAAGAGUCUGACUCUGUUUGUCACCUGUUAACUUAAUCAGGGCAGCUAAAUGGAACUUCCCUUUCCAGGAGCAGCCUAUUUCUGAAUGUCACCUGCGGUGGGGUGGGGGGGCUUCUGGGAGAAGCUCUGGACUUCUAGCAACAAGUAGGAAGGCUUCCCACUCCCUCCAAAUCUGGGAUCUGUGGCCAAAAAGAAGAAGAAAGGGAAGCUGCUUCCUUCAGGCAUUGCUUGCCAGCUUACUUGUGAGCACCUAGGCCAGGGGUAGGCAACCUAAGGCCCGGGAGCCAGAUCCGGCCCAAUCACCUUCUCAAUCCAGCACGCGGACAGUCUGGGAAUCAGCGUGUUUUUACAUGAGUAGAAUGUGUCCUUUUAUUUAAAAUGCAUCUCUGGGUUAUUUGCGGGGCAUAGGAAUUCGUUCAUCCCCCCCAAAAAAUAUAGUCCAGCCUGCAACAUGGUCUGAGGGAUGGCAGACCGGCCCCCUGCUGAAAAAGGUUGCUGACCCCUGACCUAGACGGAACACUGUUCGUGGGCUGCAAUACAUGCAUCUUGCUCCUUCUGGUCUGUAAGGCAAGAAGAUAAGGAGUGGCAGCCAGAUCAGGCCAAGUACCCUUAAGAACCUGGGGAUAGAGAUAGACUGCCUCUGGGCUUAGAGGCUCCACGAGAGCAUGAGAAAAGCCUGGCUGCUGGAUCAGGGCAAUGGUCCCUCUCGCCCAGCCUCCGGCUCUCGCAGUGGCCAAGCAGGGGCCCCAAAGGGGAGCCCACAAACAGGAGCCAGGCACAGGAGCCCAGUCCCGUCCCAUGGUUUGCAGCAACUGGGAUUCAGAAGCACGGCUGCCCCAACAGUGGAGGCAGAGCAGAGCCACCAAUAGCCCUUUGCUACCUGAGUUUAUCCCCUCCUCUUUUAAAGCCAUCCCAGUUGGUGGUAGCCUUGCCGCCUCCUGUGGCAGGGAGUUCCAUAGUUGUGCCGUAUGAAGAAGUUCUUUCUUUAUCCGUCCUGACUCCCCAACGUUCAGCUUUCGAGUUCCACUCUUGGAGAAAGGCUUUUCUCCACCCGCUCUCUCCCUGCCAUGCACAAUGCAACUCUUGGCUGCUUUCUUUCCUCUGCCCUAAAUCUUCCAACGUUCACCUUCAUUGGAUGUUCACGAGUUCUAGGGUUAUGAGUUCUAGUUUCCUCUACGGCUGCUAUGCAGAAUUUUAUAAAUUUCUAUCCUGUUACCCCUUAUUCACCUUUACUUUAAGCUAAAAAGCCCCAAACACUGCAGAAGCUUUUCCUCCAAAGAGAGAUCUUAUAUACCCUCCAACAUUUCUCUGAUGAAAACAGAAUCGUACAAUAGUAGAAUCAUACAGUUGGAAGGGACCUCUGAGGGUCAUCUAGGCCAACCCUCUGCAAUGCAGGAAUUUCUGCUAAAACAUCCAUGAUAGGAAUGUCGUAUAUAACAAUAAUAAUAAUAAUAAUAAUAAUUAAUAAUAAUUCAAUAUAACAAUAAUUUUAUUAUACCCUGCUCAUCUGACUGGGUUACCCCAGACUGGGUGGCUCCCAACAUAUAUAAAAACACAAUGAAACAUUAACCGUUAAAAAACUUCCUUCUGCAGGGCUGCCUUCAAGUUGUCUAGUUACUUAUCUCCUUGCCUUGUGGGUUGCAUAACUCCAGACCCUCCAACAUUUCUCCAGUAAAAAUAGGGACACUGGGACGGCCUGGUUCUAGUGUUAUGAGUUCCAGUUUCCUCUGUCCACUUCCUCUACACCUUGCACAAUUUUAUAAAUGUCUAUCAAGUCGCCUCUUACAAGCCUAAUCCAAAGAGUCCCAAAUGCUGCUGCAGCUUUUCUUCCUAGGAGAGAUCUUAGGGACAAGAUCCUGUUUGGGAGAAGAAGCCUGGGUUUGGGAAAACCUUGUAGUUGCAGGCAAGAAUCUGGGAUCUGUUUUCUGUCCCCUCCUAACCCCCCCCCCCCCCCGCAACCCACUGUAAACAAACAAGCUGCAAACGACCUGCCAGCCAUAAGCAUCAAAUAAUGUACGGGUAAUUAAGUAUUAAUGGUAACUGGAAGACAGGCAUGAAUAAGGAAUGAUGCACAGGAAAAUAGGAAAAAAAGAAUCUCAAUUCCUCUGCCAAGUUGUGUCAGGCAGGGUGUUUCACCUCCCCCCACCCCCAUUUCUGCCAUUCUGUGGCUGAACAGAUCCAAUAUCUGGGCCAAAAUUCUGACUUCCUGGUCUGACAUUUAUCCUCCCCACGCUAAAGACAACAGGGUUAUGUUGUGAUGCCUCUCUGAGCAGUGAGGACUUGGGGAAGGGAAGUAGCUCACAGCAUCUCAGGGCAGCGCAGAUGACACUGAGGCAGAUGAACCAGGCAAUGCCCUCCAACAUUUCUCUGAUGAAAAUAGGGACACCCAUGAUCGCUGCAGAUGGUGACAGCAGUCACGAAAUGAAAAGACGCCUGCUUCUUGGGAGAAAAGCAAUGACAAACCUAGACAGCAUCUUAAAAAGCAGAGACAUCACCUUGCCAACAAAGGUCCGUAUAGUUAAAGCCAUGGUUUUCCCAGUAGUGAUGUAUGGAAGUGAGAGCUGGACCAUCAAGAAGGCUGAUUGCGUGGCGAGUUCCCGCCCCCCACCAGGAUAAAUAAAGACACGAGACACCAUGGUUUAAGGUUAAAUGGGCGAAUUAGGCCACAACUUUAUUGAAUUCAGGAAUGAGAGGCAUUGGCUUAGGCAUUGGUCCUAACGACUAUCCGGCUCCAGCCCAUUUGCUGGAGACACGGGGAAGGGUUAACACUAUAUCGGGGGAGUCUCCCGCCGAGGCACAUCGACUAGGAGCUCCCCCGGGUCACCGCUCGGGGGCGUGCCUUUGGCCCACACCUCCAUAGGCUUCGGACAGGGCCACGCCCCCCGGAGUCCUUUAACGGACCACCCUUCGCUCACUGGGGGGAGGUGAUGGCGUUCCUCCCCCCCAUCCUCUUAACCCCUUCUUACCAAUGCCUACCGCCAAUGCCGAAGAGUUGUGACGAGUUGCUACGAGGUAGGCGAAAACCAAAUGGCUGUAAAUUGCCAAUUGGGAAAAAUUCCUACCAUGCCCCAUGCGGCGACAGACCGAAGUCCAUAGCAAAGUCAGAGACCUACCUAAAGCCUACCUAAAGGGAGGGAGGGCGGGAAAACGUGGGGGCUAGCUGGCGAAAAGAGGGUGAGCCCCCUCUGCGCUGGCCCUAAAUAGGGCAGACACGGCCAGGAUUCCCCUGCUCUCGCGGGGGCUGAAACCAGCCCCCGCUCACGUGGGGGGUGGGCGUGAAGCCCGCAACCCCACCUCCUGGGCAGGCCGGAAGUGGCUUUGCCGAAGAAUUGACGCUUUUGAAUUAUGGUGCUGGAGGAGACUCUUGAGAGUCCCAUGGACUGCAAGAAGAUCAAACCUCUCCAUUCUUAAGGAAAUCAGUCCAGAGUGCUGGAAGGACAGAUCGUGAAGCUGAGGCUCCAAUACUUUGGCCACCUCAUGAGAAAAGAAGACUCCCUGGAAAAGACCCUGAUGUGGGGAAAGAUGGAGGGCGCAAGGAGAAGGGGACGACAGAGGACGAGAUGGUGGGACAGUGUUCUGGAAGCUACCAGCAUGAGUUUGACCAAACUGCCAGAGGCAGUGGAAGGCAAGAGUGCCUGGCAUGCUCUGGUCCAGGGGGUCAUGAAGAGGCGAACACGACUAAACAACAACAUUUUACAUCAGCAAGCUUCUCCUGCACACGUAGACCUCGUGGGCACAUCAACAUUGGUCACCUUGAGCCAACUCCAACCUCUCCGCUGAACCUGCCUCACAAGGUUGUUGUGAAGGAAAAAUUUGUAAAGGAAGGGAUUGUGUGCAACACCUUCCACAGAUAAAUGGCAGGAAAUAGGAUAUAGGAUUUGAGCUGCCUUGAGUCCCUGUCAGGGAAAAAAGCAGGAUAUAAUAAUAAUAAUAAUAAUAGAAGAAACUGAGAAUGAUCGGGAACAUGCUAGACAGAAAAUCCUAUUAAACUCAGAGGGACUUAGUUCUGAGCGAAAAUGCUUAGGAUCACAGUGUAAGGCAGCCCAGUCUUGACUAAGUUACCUGGGAGUAAGCUCUGUUGAAUACAAUGGGGCUUACUUCUGAGUAGACAGGGCACGGCUCAAUUUGCAAUAAAGGAUUCAACACUCCCCACGUUUCCUAGGAAAUGGCUGGCUGCAGAAGCCUUGCAAUUAAAGAAUUUAAAGUGGAUUGGUGACAUUUUCUUCCAAAAAUAUAGAAAGGGCUUCGUAUGCCAGCUUCACCGUUUCCUUCAUUUAGCUCAGUGAUUUCAUUUUCUGUAGAAACAGGACUCUGUUUCUGCACCUACACGCAAACCACUUUUAAUUGUCCUCUGAGACAUGGAGGAAAAGGGAAACCGGGACAUUCUGGGAUCAAAUAAGAAACCGGGAUGGCUUCUGUAAUUCCGGGACUGUCCCUGGAAAAUGGGGGCACUUGGAGGGUAAGGAAUGGUCUGGCUUGCCGAAAACCACUUGGGUCUCUUUCAGCCCAACCUGCCUUGCUGUUGUGAUUCCUGAAUUGCAGGGGGGUUGGACUAGAUGACCCUUGGGGGGCCCUGCCAACUGCACAAUUCUAUGUUUCUAUGAUAGGAUGCUGGAUUAGAUGGGGCCCCUUAGGCCUGAUCCAGCAGAGCUCUUCUUGCAUUCUCAUAGAAGGCUAAACCACUUACUAUGUUUUUGUUUAUAAAAGUGUUUGUAUACUGCUCUCUCUCUCUCUCUCUCUCUCUCUCUCUCUCUCUCACACACACACACACAAACUGUUUACAACAAUAAAAACCCCACACAAUAAAACCAUCAAAAAGUUAAGAUUAGUUAACCACACUGCGGAAUGACGCAUCCUUAAUUGCCAUGGAGGAAAUUUGCAGGAGAUCUGGAGCCGUGCUAACCACUGCACUGGACAGCCCUCCCUUUCCUGGAUGGGGCACCUAGCAGCCGAGUGUCAGGAUGCAUGUGAGAAUCCCUGGAGUGCAGUUUCAGCUUCCUAGCCUGGGCUUUGGAAAACAGGCUACUGAGCUGCCCUUAUUGCUUGAAAAAAGGGCAGGGGGAAACUGGAUGGUCCCAGAGAGCCAAGCUCUCUGGUUCAUCUUGGCUUCAGGACUAUACAUUCAAUUUCCUUUUGUUUCUUCUCCUCCCUCUUUUUUAACUCCCUCCACCCUUCCUGGCUACCCUCCCCCUCAUCCUAUAAUUGGGUCCAGCUGGCUGCAGCAGAAAAUCAAUGCUCAGAGUGAGCAAGGGUGUCCGUCGCAGCCACGGAGAUGAUUAAUUUCACCGGUUGCAAAGUCCACAGAGCGGUGCUUUUCACUGCUGCAAAAAAUUCCCUUCUGUGACCAGUUAAGGCAGCCUUCUCUGGCCCUCUGUCCUCCAGGCGGUGUGGGGAAUGCCUUUUCUUGGGAGUGUGAAAGCCAACAUCCCUCCAGAUUGAUGGGGAUGGAUUGAGGAUUAAAUCUGCAAAUUAAAAUUUAAACCUCCUGUGGGUGGGAGAAAUAUGAGAGUAGAAUAAUAGCACUGUUGAGCUGGAAAGGGACCCUGAGGAUCAUCUAGUCCAACCCUCUGCAAUGCAGAAAUAUGCAGCUGCCCCAUACAGGGAUUGAACCUGCAACCUUGGCAUUAUCAGCAUCAUGCUCUAACCAAAUGAGCCAGACAGGCUGUGAAGCCCUUUUAGCACAGUAAAAACACUUGUGUGCUUUUGCAGCUUGAUGGAAGCAAGGAAUUAGGCAAUUGUGCCUUUUUACCCCUCUAUUUGUGGUCUGCUCAUCUUCCUUUCUCUGUCCCUGUUGCUAAGAAUGCACCACACAUUUUAGUAACAGAAAGCAAAAAAACUUUACUUACAUUUCAAUGCAGGCAGCAAAUACAUCAAAGUACCAUGCAGGUGAAAAUAUCUUUUUGUUACAAAAUACCAAAUUGGUUUUCUUUUUCUUUUCUUUUUUAUAUAUAAUUUUUAUUUAUUUCCAUUUAAUAAUAUACGUUCACAUCAUUACAACCCACUCUACGUCCCUGGCUCUUUAGAGCCUAUCAACUUCCUUUCCUCCCGCCUCAUGGCUUUCAAAAUUAACCUUUAUAUCAUUGCAUUUGUACAUUUUCCAAUUCUAAUUACACUCAUUACAAAAUUGUAAGCAAUUAACAUCACUAGCAGGGUUGUAAUGAGAAAUUUUCUACUUUUAUAUAUUUAUUUAAAUUUUGACUUCUUUUGUAAUUUCCAAAUUGGUUUUCAAAAGGGAGUCCAAAAACCUAUUGAUUUUAGCUGACCUGUUCCAAGUAUGACUUAGCUGGAGCCAGCAAGGUAUAAUUGUUAGAGCAUUGGACUAGGAACUGGGAGACCAGGGUUCGAAUCCCCGCUGUCCCAUGAAGCUUGGGGUUAGGGUGACCUGCCUCUCCCAGCCCAACCUACCUCUCAGGGCUGUUGUAGGGACUAGAUGAGGACCAAGAGCUGGGAGAGAGCAGGGUUUGAAUCCCCACUCAGCCACAAAGCCUGUGUCAGCAUCGCCCUUGAGCCAGUGCCACCAACUGGACUCAUCCACUUCAGCCCCGACUGGGCUAGGCGAGCUGGGUAGCACUUCCAGAGACCACCUUCUGCACAGGAACAGGUCAAAGUGCUGUGGACUCACAGCUUAGAGUUGUGAGCACCGGAUUCACUUCCACAAGAAGACAGUUGUCGCAUAGCAAAGUACAGCAGACUCUAGCAGAGUAUAUAAACAACUCGGAGAGCAGCUCUGUAGAAUAUCUUCUUUAUUCUAUCUACAACUAUUAUACAACGGUAUACAGAGCUAAAUAGGUCUAAGCAUAAAUGAAUGCUGCACUGCACUGAGUGUCUGCAGCUGCUCUUAGCAGCAACCUUAUCUCUACACACGAUCUCUAACACUCAGUCUCUCUCUCUCUCUGACACUGACUGACUGACUGACUUGGUGCUGGAUCAGAAUAAGUAGAGAGCAGAACACGCCUCCUCCUCCUCUCUGGAGAAUCAGCAGACUCCUCAGGAGAUUCUUGGAUAUGGGAGGGGUGAAAUCUCCUCAGCCUGCAGGGUGACCUUGCGGACCAGUCACUGCCUCUCCCAGCCUCACCUUCCUUGCAGGGCUAUUGCUGGGAGCCACAAAACAAACCCAUCUUUUCCUUGCAGGCUCCCAAGACAAUGCGAAGGUGAUCCACAUCAACAAAGUCCACCACCAGCCUCUCCGGGUUGGCCUGGCGGAGCCCGUUGCCCUGCCCUGCCUCUUCCUCCUGCAGCUGCCCGCCUCCCUUGGGCCCAACGCGCCUCCUGACCCCCCUCGGAUCAAGUGGAGCAAGGUCCAGUCGGCCUCGGGGCAGCCGGAGGAUGUCCCCAUUCUGGUGGCCAAGGACAACGUGGUGAAGGUUUCCAAAGGCUACGAGGGGAGGGUCUCUCUGCCUGGGUACCCCUCCUGGCGCCACAAUGCCACUCUGCUGCUCUCAGCCGCCCGAGCCAGCGACGCCGGGCUCUACCGUUGCGAGGUGGUGGCCGGGAUCCACGACGAGCAGGACCUGGUGCCUCUGGAAGUCACAGGUGAGAAGCAUCUGCAGUAGUAGUGCAUUCUCAAUAAUAAUAAUAAUACUUGUAUUGAAAGAAUUUCAAUUACCGGUAUAAGGAAAUAAAGUGAUGCAAAGGGGGGAAAGUGAGGGGGGAGAACAAAUACAAGAAAAAGAGAGAAACUAGAAUCCAAAGUAAUAUACUCCCAUAGAUUUUUAUAUAAAUUGAUAUGGUGUUAUUAUCCUAAUAUCUAUGUUAGAUGUUAAUACCCUACUACAUUCUGUAAAAACAUAUUCCAAAUGUUGUCAUAUUUGUCCAAACAAAGUCUAUGUCUGUAAGCAGUCCAUUCAUAAGUUGCAAGUAUUGUCAUAUUGUCAAUCCAUUGAUUAAGCGAUAUCCUAUCUUUGUUUUUCUAAUUCAUCAGUUUCAGUCUCUUGGCCACCAUUAGGGCGCAUAGAAUCCAUUUCCAUUGUCCCGUUGUUAAUUUCCAUACAACACGUAUAUCGUCCAAAUGAAUAUUCUCUGCUGAAAGAUUUAACUUUUCCCAGUAGCAGCGGAUUCUUAAGAGGGAGUUUUGGUCCUGGUCUUGCUUGUUUGAAACGAGGCUGGUCUCUUCAGCGAACAGGGCCUUUUCAGUAAUGGCGCCUCCACAGUUCCUCAAGGGGUCUGAUGUCAUGGACUGGUUGGAUGCAGAAUCAUGGUGGGAGGAACCAGCUGGGGAACCCCCAAGGGAAGAAGGCUCAGAGCCCAGGGAGGGGUGGUGGGACAGCAAUGAGUGGUCAGAGGGAGAAGAAGGAGAAGCCUGGGAGAAGGAGGUGUCAGGAACUGAAGAGGUAACAGGACUUAGUGAGUGGGGAGAGUCUGUGGCAGAGGGAAGUCCAGAAUCAGAGGCAGAAGCUGAAGCAGGAGAAGAGGAGGGAGGCCAAGAGACAGAGAUGGGUCAGGCUGGUGAAUGAGGAGAGGCAUGAAAAGAAAGGAGGAGAGGUUGGCUGCAUGCAGGCAUAGUCUCUGAUUGCUUGGGGAAAGUGCUGGAAAGGAGAGGACUUAGACGGCUGUGGGGGGCAGGGACCUUCAGUCUCGGCAACUGCUUCAUGGGAGAAGACCUAUUGGGGAUGAGCGGCUGUGCUGAUUAGGCCUGAUGCUCAGCCAAGUCUGUGCAGAUCGUGUUUUUGCUAACAAAGAGUUAACUCCAACUUGAAGAGUAUGAUUUACUGCUGGCUCUUGCUCUGCCUGCCUGCUAAAGGGUAUUGAAACCAGCUCUUAGAAGGAAGUGAAAAAUAUAAAGCGAGCAAUGCCACGAAGGUCCUCAGGAUAGGUGCCUAGGAAUUUUACACCCUCUUGUGCCCAUUUCCUUGCCCGCCCAGGUGUGGUUUUCCACUACCGAGCUGCCAGCAACCGCUACGCGCUGACCUUCCCAAAGGCCCAGAAGGCAUGCGAGGAGAACUCGGCCAUCAUUGCUUCCCCUGACCACCUCCAAGUGGCCUUCGAGGAUGGCUAUGACAACUGCGACGCAGGGUGGCUCUCUGACCGCACCGUCAGGUACAUGGAGAAGGCAUCUGCCACUGUUCUCUGAUUUAUAAGGAGCAACCCUGAUUUUCUGUCUCAAUACUGCCCCCGGUUAAUACGUCAGUUUGCCCCCCAAUUUGGGACAGCUUUAAAGGGGGGAAGGAAUAUAAAAAUUCCUUGGUUGUCAGUAGCUACCCGUAGGUGGCUUCUACACUUUGGAACUCUUGAUAUCGGGCAGGUGCCUUUUUGCUUAAAACAUUUUUGGUUAGGCAAGUCUGCCCAGAUAUCUCAACCACUGAUGUGCUUUAGUUUUUUGAGGGUUUUGUUUUCUUCUGAUUGCUUCAUUCUUUUUGUAAACUGCUUUGAGGUUGUUACUUUUUAACAGAAAAAACCCCCAAGCGGUAGAUCCAUUUAAUAAAUAGGUCCAUUAAAUAAAUGGAUUAAUAAAUUAAAAAAUAAAAAUAAACAAGGCAGCUACAUCACCUCCAGCAUCAGAGGCAGUCUAUCUUUGAAUCCCUGUUCCUGGAAACGGCAAGAGGGGAGUUUCACUGCUGUUCUCAGAUCCUCCUUAUGACGUUCCCAUUGGGACCCCUGGUUGGCCCCUGGGAGAGCAGCAAGCUGGACAAGGUGGCCCUCUGAUCCAGCAGACGCUCUUCUCAUUUUCUUACAGCAGUCUAAAUGAGAAACAGUCUAAUAAAGCUCUGGUUCUAAGAUGCAACCUUUCCAGACCCUCCAGGUGUGCCUAUAUUCCAUGGACAGUUCUGGAUUUAAGGAAGCUGUUUCGGUUUCUGAUUUGAUCCCGGAAUGUCCCGCUUUUCCUUACGACGUCCCUCUUUUCAUCCAAGAAAUGUUGGAGGGUCUGGAGUUAUGCAACCCCCAAGCCAAGGAGAUAAGUAAAUCACAACCUUAGAAGACAUCUGAAGGCAGACCUUUUACAGUCCUACCUCAGGUUACAGACGCUUCAGGUUGCGUUUUUUGGGGUUGCAGGCCGCCAAAACCUGGAAGUACCGGAAUGGGUUACUUCCGGGUUUCGGCGGUCGCACAUGCGCAGAAGCACUAAAUGGUGCUUUUUGCAUGUGCAGAAGUGCCAAAUCGCAACCCGCGUGUGUGCAGACGCGGGUUGCGAACUCUGCAGGUUGCGAAUGUGCAUCCCGCACGGAUCAUGUUCGCAACCCGAGCGUCCACUGUAUAGGGAAUUUGUUUAACAUUUAAUGUUUUAUUAUCUUUUUAUAUAUGUUGGAAGCUUCCAACAUAUUAUGCCACCCAUCUGACUGGGUUGCCCCAGCCACUCUGAGCAGCUCUCCACAAAAAAAGGAGACGUAAAACCACAAUACAACAUCACACAUUAAAAACUUCCCCGAACAGGAAAAUAGGAUGUCCCUAUUUUCAUUGGAGAAACAUUGGAGAGUCUGCCUUUCCUUCGUAGCUUCCAAGAGGGGGGCUGGGGAAAACAAAUAGGGACCCUUUGCUGAGUAAUUGUGAUACGUGCUGAUACCAAGGUGGGCUCCCUGUCCUGCCUCCCACCCCCAUUUCCCCCUCCCCCUCUUCUCCCUGGGUUGCCCCCCUGCUCUGUUCUUCCCCCCUCCCUUCAAAGGCAUUCCAGCUGCUGGACCUCCAUCCAACCAGCUCUUUUCCUUUGGCAAAGGAUUCUGGGAGAAUCCUGGCUUGCAGUGCUCCCCUUCCGUCUUCCCUCCCAUCCAACGCUCCCCCUGCUCCUUCCUGGCACAGGUACCCCAUCACCCUCUCGAGGCCUGGCUGCUACGGGGAUCGCAACACGCUCCCGGGAGUCCGGAGCUAUGGGGAGCGGGACGCCGGGGAGGCCUACGAUGUCUACUGCUACUCGAAGGAGCUUCGGGGUGAGUACGGCCCGUGCAAACGGGGCAGAGGGCGAAACAGAACCACAACCGUCCUUUGAAAUCCGGACUUCUCUGAAUUUUGCAAUGCAGUUUCUUGGUCAAGCAAUGGGUGCAGAGCAUUGUUGCCAGCGAGUUCUCCCCGGAGCAAGCCCCAUUGAAGUUAAUGGACCUCUAAGAUAACCAUGCCCAUUAUGCCUGAAAACCAUGAGGCCUAGAAUCUUACUUGGGGUUGCUCCCAGCUAAUCCUGCCCAGAGCAGUCGUGCUCAUUGUUUUCAGUGGGUUGACACCUUAUUCAUUUACCAUUAUUUCUUUUGUGCAUUCAUAACAUACCUUUUCUCCUAGCAGCUCAAAGCGGCAUGUGUAGUUCUCUCGCCCCAAGAACAACCCAGUCAGGUAGGCUAGGCUGAGAGGCAGUGGCAGGCCCAAGGUCACCCAGUGAGCUUCAGGUGCUGAGUGGAGAUGUGAACCUUGGCUUCUCCGUUACUAGUCUGACACUCUAACCACUAGACCACCGCUGUCUCUUCAGUGCUAACUUCUGGCAUCAUGCAAGAGAAAUAAAUUUAUGGGUCCAGAUUUCUCCUUCAAGAAGAAAUGUGUGUGAGAGAGAGAAAGAAAGAGAGAGCCAAAGCAUUAGACCAUGGUGCUGAUAACACCAAGGUUGCAGGUUCAAUCCCUGUAUGGGACAGCUGCAUAUUCCUGCAUUGCAGGGGGUGGGACUGGAUGACCCUCAGGGUCCCUUCAACUCUACAGUUCUGUGUUUAUGCCAAAUAACCUUCCUAAAGGGAAGCAGGCUAUUCCUGGGAUAGCUCAGUUGAUAGAUCAUGUGACUCUUAAAAUCAGGGUCAUGGGUUCAAGCCCCACAUUGGGCAAAAGAUUCUUGCAUAACAAUAAUAAUUCAAAAAUAAGCAUGCAUGGACCUGAUGGCCCCCUUUGGGCCUGAUCCAGCAGGUUUCUCUUACGUCCUCAUCGCAAGCAAGUAUAGCAAUAGGAAGUAGCACCCCACAACUCCAGUCCACCGCCCCAGUGAUUGCAAUGCAAACCCCAGACUUAUCUGCAGAUUCCACCUUCUGAUUCACAGACCCUCCCAGUGUCCCUGUUUUCCAGGGACAGCCCCGGAUUUACAGAAGCUGUCCCUGUUUCUUAUUUGAUCCCGGAAUGUCAUGCUUUUCCUUAGGGCGUCCCUAUUUUCAUUGGAGAAAUGUUGGAGGGUCUGGAUUCACCACUACCCCUUAAUCCAGCAUUUGCCAAGAGGCUGUAACCUGCAGCUCCCUUUAUCAAACACUGAAGCCCAGUUUUGCUUUGUUUUGGGACAUUUUCUGCCUUGUGGAUGUCAAGAAGAAAGGUUCCCAGACAGCCAAGCGGUGUUUCUGAAAACAGCCCGAGAAGAUUUUAAUCCUCAGUCUGUUUAGAAAUAAAACACAGACGCAAACCCGAGGGAGCGCUGAUGGAUCGUUGCCUGGGGUUGAUCCUCAGUCACGAUGAGCAGAAACGGCCCAUUUCAACAGCCCCAGACAGCUUUGCUAAUGAAAUGAAAGGCACCAUCAAAAAACCAUCGCAGGCUUCUCCCGAGAUCCCGGAGGGGGAGUCGCAAGCAGGCAUCGCUUUGAUAAAUCGGCCACGCUCGAGUUCCUCUUUGUCUCCGCUGGAGAAAGGGAACAAUCGAACAAAAGGGUAACUUAUCCUGUCUUGGCUUUGUUCCUUAAGUAAUGAUGGUUGUUUAAGAAACACAGGAACCUCAGAGUCUGGCAGAAGCCUCUCUGAAGCUCAGUCAAGGCCGAGGGUGAAGGCGGGGGUCACGCUGGACCCCCACCCUGGGCAACUUUGCUGCCAGCCAAAAUGAUCAAGGGGAUGGAGCGACUCCGGAAAGGCUGCAGUGUUUGGGACUUUUAAGUUCCAAGAAAAAGCGAACGAGAGAGACGGGAGAGAAGUUUGUAAAAUGAUGAGAGAGAGAGAGUAGAUGGAGAGGAGCUUCUUUUCCCUCCCUCGUGGCCUGAAGAACUCGUGGGAAUCCAAUGAAGCUGAAUAUUGUGAGAUUCCAGACAGAUGAAAAGAAAGGACUUCUUCAUGCAAUACAGAGUUAAACUCUGGAACUCCCUGCCACAGGAAGCAGUCAUGGCCACCAACCUGGGUGGCUUUAACAGAGGAUUGGACCUAUUCAAGGAGGAGAAAGCUGUCUCCAUUAGCUGUGAUUCCUGCAUUGCUUCCCCACAGGCCCUGAUGGCUGUAGGUUAUGAGAAAGCUAGAGCAAUAAUCCACCAACAAAUUUGGGAUAUGGAACUGCAAUGCCACAUGAGCAAGAUGAAUAAACACCCAGCAAUAAAAGAUAAUGGGAGAGGAUUUACCCCAGCAAAUUAUUUAUCAAAAUUACAAAUACCCAAAUACAGACGGUCAUUUACCCUCGCUAGAUUCAACGUGCUACCAUCUGCCUUAUUGCAGGGCAGAUUCGAGGGUAAACCAUACGUGGAACGAGUCUGCCUCUGCAACUUGAUGGAGGUAGAAACUGUCUCUCAUGUCUUGUUACGCUGCCGUUUCUACGGGGAUAUACGCUCGGUAUUUAUCACUCCUGUUAUACAAAAAUCUCCAAAUGGGUCUGAACUUCAAUGUCUAAAACUCCUGGUAGAGGACAAGGAUCUAGAGAUCACGCUCAGGGUGGCCAAAUUCUGUGCGACAUAAAACUUAGGGAACAAGCUGUACUACCAAAAUGAUUAAGGUUUUAAAUGACAAUUUUAGGUUGUAUUUCAGUGAUCAAGAUUUAAUAUAUAUUUUUAGCUGCUGCUGUAUUGUCUCUGUUAUACCCAAUUGCAAUUCAAUGUAUUCCUGUUGUGUUUUAUGAUUUUCCUGAUAUUGUAAGUGAGCCGGAACUGGUCUGUGACCGUAAUAAUAAAAUUCAUUCAUUCCUGCAUUGCAGAGGGAUGGGCUAGAUGAUGCUUGUGUCCCUUCCAACUCUACAGUUCUGUGAUUCUAUGAUUCCCAAAGGAGACCAGAGCAGCAAACCUGCCAGUAACCACUCGGUUAGAGCAUGGUGCUGGUAACACCAGGGUCGUGGGUUUGAUCCCCACAUUGGACAGCUUCAUGUUUCGACAUUGCUGGGAGCUGGACUCGAUGAUGCCCACUUCUUUUUAUCUCAGUCCUGGAGGUUCUGUUGAAUAUGAUUAGAAGGGACCAGAUGGUUAAAGGUAUACAGGUCGGAACUAAACCCUAUAAAUUGAGAGCAUUUGCAGAUGACUUAGUAUUGACGUUACAGGAGCCAGAAUCUAGUACUAAAAGGGUUUUAGAACUGAUUCAAGAAUUUGGUCAAGUGGCAGGAUUUAAAUUGAACAAGUCAAAAACCAAGGUUCUAGAAAGAGCGGGAAAAGAGAAAGAGAACAAGAAAGGAAAGGAAAAAAGAGGAGGGGAGAAGAGAGAGAGAUAAGAAACACCAAAGACAAAAAGGGGUUGCUUCUGUUCUCCUCCUGCUACUUUACAUUAGAAAAAGGACUCAGUUCAACUUCUCCAAUUUCUGUUAAACCACAUUUCUUUUUAGUCAAAGUGUCACUGCAUCACUCACUUCUUCUCCCAACAAAAAGUCCAAGAGGGAACCUCAAAUUGUUGUUGUUAAUAAUAAUUAGCUUUACCUCCACUAAUUCCCAUCAUAUUUCCUCUGCAUUGUAUAAUAAUAGUAUGUUUCAAACUGUUUUCCUGAUAACUUUAUUGCUUUAAGUUUCUGCAAACCGCUUUGAGUGGUUUGUUUGAGGGGAUUUGGGGGGGGCAGUCAAGUGGUGUGCAUACGAAAUAGCAAUGCAAUUUGAACCUUUUUUCAUUCCCUGCUUUCAGGAAAGGUGUUCUAUGCCUCCAGCCCCGGACGGCUGACGUUUCAGACGGCUCAAAAGCACUGCCUGAGUCGAGGUGCUCGGCUGGCGACUGCAGGGCAGCUGUACCUCGCUUGGAGAGAAGGGCUGGACCAGUGCGACCCAGGAUGGCUGGCUGACGGAAGCGUCCGCUACCCUAUCCGGAUCCCGCGGAAGAAGUGCGGAGGGGACGAGCCUGGCGUCCGGACAGUCUACCAGUUCUCAAACCGGACGGGCUUCCCAGAUCCAGCUUCCAAGUUUGAUGCCUACUGCUACAAAGGUUGGGUCAAUUGGUUGAGUUUAAGUUUUAUGGCGCUUUUCCCGCAGCAAGCUGUGACCAAAGCUAAGAAAAAUCGAAACACAGAGCAGUGGAAAUGCAAAUACUAUAUGUAAAAUACAGCACAGAGGAUUUGCUCUUUGUUGAAAACUCUGUCGUCAUUUCGGCAUUGUUUCAUUUCCCUCCUUCCAAUGAAAUGAUGGUGCUUGAAGGAUAUUCAGGGCAGACGGAAGCUGGCCCUUGCCCACACACUUUUCACUCCCAAAAGAUGCAGCAGUGUCUGGGCUGGACGAUGGGGGUGGAGAUGUUCCUUCAAGUAUACAGGGCUGAGGCCAUUUAGGGCUUUCAAGGUUAGCACCAACACUCUGAAUUAUGCUCGGAAACAUACUGGGAGCCAAUAUAGGUCUUUCAGGACCAGUGUUCUAUGGUCCCAGCAGCCACUCUUAGUCACCAGUCUGGCUGUUGCCUUCUGGAUUAGCUGCCGUUUCCAAGUCACCUUCCAAGGUAGCCCCAGGUAGAGCGCAUUGCAGUAGUCCAAGCAGGAGAUAACCAGGGCACUCACCACUCUGGCAAGACUGGGAGCAGGUAUGCAGGGUCUCAGAUGGCGCUGGUAGACAGCUGCCUUGGACACAGAAUUGACAUGCGCCUCUAUGGACAGCUGUGAGUCCAAAAUGACUCCCAGGCUGCGCACCUGGUCCUUCAGGGGCACAGUUACCCCAUUCAAGACCAGGGAGUCCCCCCCCCACCUGCCCGCCCCCUGUCCCCCAGAAACAAAACUUCUGUCUUGCUGGGAUUCAACCUCAAUCUGUUGACUGCCAUCCAUCCUUCAACUGCCCCCAGGCACUUCACUGCCUUCACUGGUUCUGAUUUAAAGGAGAGGUAGAGCUGGGUAUCAUCCGCAUAUCAGUGAACCCCCAGCCCAAACUACUCCCAGCGGAGUAAUUUUAUGAAAACCCUUUUGCUAGACAGGGGAUGGGAGAAGGCAGAGACUUCCCAUACUUACAGGACCACCUCUCCUGGUCUGCCCACAGAGGACCUUAAGGUCCAUGGAUAACCAUUGUUUAGAGGUCCCGGGCCCUAAGGAAGUCAGACUAUCCUCUACCAGGGCCAGGGCCUUCUCAGUGAUGGCUCCGACCUGGUGGAAUGCUCUGUCCCAUGAGACCAGAGCCCUGCAAGAUUUAACCUCCUUCUGCAGGGCCUGUAAGACAGAACUAUUCCACCUGGCUUUCAAUUUGAACCUGGCCUGAUUUUUUGUUCCCUUUCCUUCCCUCCCCCUCCCCUUCCCCUUUUUAUGAAGAUUCCCCGCUCUGGGAUCCCACAGCUAAUUCUCCCCUGGUCUCCUCGCUGGCCCAAAUAGGACUAAUUUAGCCAGCUAGCCCUGGUGAUCAUCUAAUGUUUAUUGGAUGGAUUUCCCCCCUAAAUUGAUUUUUGAUUUUAUUGUUAUUUAUGUUUUAUACCGUAUUUUAUGCUGUUUUCUGUAGCAUCAAUUAAGUGUUUUAAAUUUGUUGUUAGCCGCCCUGAGCCCGGUUUCCUGAACUGGGAAGGGCAGGGUAUAAAUAAUUUAUUAUUUAUUUAUUUAUUCCCACGCUCAAAUCCUGCGUGCUGCAAUGGGAUUGCCAGGCCCCUCCCGCAGCCCACCGUCUCCCCGCUCCCUGCAGCCCCUCCUCUCUGAGGUGACACAAUUUAAGGUGCAAUCAUUCCAGACGCACUUGGAGCUGGGAAGUGGUCAGGGGACGGUGGGAUGCAAUUUUCUUCUCGUCGGCCCAAGCGACUGCAGAAGUUGCCUUUGGCGAUGCCGGCUGAUUUAUGAGCCCACCCUUGGCAUGAGGCAGAGCAUAAAAUGGCAUUUCCAAACUCCCUUCCUUUUAAUAAAACAAAGUGCCUGUACUUGUAUAGCAGCAGUAUCAUGGGGGGGAGCCAACCGGGGCUGGAGGGGGGGGGCAGGAUCAUAGAAUCAUAGAGUUGGAAGAGACCACAAGGGCCAUCGAGUCCAACCCCCUGCCAAGCAGGAAACACCAUCAGAGCACUCCUGACAUAUGGUUGUCAAGCCUCUGCUUAAAGACCUCCAAAGAAGGAGACUCCACCACACUCCUUGGCAGCAAAUUCCACUGUCGAACAGCUCUUACUGUCAGGAAGUUCUUCCUAAUGUUUAGGUGGAAUCUUCUUUCAUUGGAGUGUGUGAGCAUCGUAAAUCCAGGUCUUUCCUAUUCUCCACCUCUCUCCUUGCCUGUUCUCACAGCUAAUUAACAGGCGGUAUGGAAUCAGAAUCGUAGAGUUGAAAGGGACCCCCAAGGGUCAUCUAGUCCAACCCUCUGCAACGCAAGAAUCAAUUUGGAGAGGGAGAAUUCUGCAUGGCAUGGAGAAAGUGGAGAACUUUUCUCCCUCUCUCCUACCACUCGAACUCAUGGGCAUCCAGUGAAGCUGAAUGUUGAAAGUUUCAGGGCAGAUAAAAGGAAAGGUUUAUUCACACAGCACAGAGUUAGCCUGUGGAACUCCUUCCCACUGGAGGCAGCACUGGCCACCAAUUUGGAUGCCUUUAAAAGAGGACUGGAGAAGCAGAGGGCUAUCAAUGGCUACCAGCCACAGCGGCUCGGCUCUGCCUCCACAACUGGAGGCCGGAAUGCUUCUGAAUACGAGUUUCUGGAACUGCAGGAAGGGAGAGUCCUGCUCUUGUGGUCAGAUCCUGCUUGCUGGUUCCCCACAGGCAUCUGGUGGCCGCUGAGAGAAGAGGCCGCUGGACUAGAUGGGCCAAUGGCAUGGUCCAACAGGCUUUCCUUACAUUCUUCUGUUCUCACAUGAAACCUCCACGUUCAGGAACAAUCUACCUGUUACCGGAGGGUUCUGAGGUGGCUGUCGCCUCCAUCCCCACUUGUGGGCUUCCCAUUGGAGCAUCUGAUGGCCACUGGUCUUGGGGCCUGACCCAGGACGGCAGUUCUUAUGUACUAAAUGCCUCAGAGGGCAGGAGAUUAUGGCUAGGAAGAUGAAACAUUUUAAGGCUCUGGGAAAGUUCUUAGACCAAGAUAAAGUUUGCAAACCGGGACACCACUUCCGGUUUUGCAGAGUUCGUAAACCGAAUAGUUCGUAAACUGAAUGUUCUUCAACCGAGGUACCACUGUAUUUGUCUGCUGAGUUCAUUAAUCACAUCUUACAUUUAGCCGCUGCCUGGGGGUUGGGGGUGGCACUGCACCUGGACCCACAACAAAAAAACAAACUUUGUGAUGAGUUCCCCCACCUGUUUUCCAGGAAAAAAAAGCACGGCGUAAAGGUCAGCCUGAAACCCAAGCGGUCUAAUACAUCUCUACUUCUCCUUCCAGCUUGGCAGCCGCCCACAAAACCAGGCCCAGCCACAUUGGGGGUCGACCAUGGCCAGGUGGCUCGGGAGCCCAUGGAUCAGGACUCUGAGGGGAGCCAGGAUCCAGGCAUCGAGAACGUCUUGGUGGAGCACGACUCCCACUUGCUGCUGCUGAAUGAGCUUUUCCCCAAGGAGAACGACGACGCUGUCAUGUCGGGAGACUCGAAAGAGCUCUCAAAGGAUCCCUACGCUCCCUCGCAGAAGGCCGCCGUCCCUUUCCUGGAGGAAGACGAGCAACUCCAGCUGGUGACAGCUUUCCCGGCUGGGUCUGUGGAUCCGUGGGAGGAGAGGGCGGCACCAGCCCCAAAGGCAACCCCCUUGGAUUUGGAAGGUCCUGCAUCUACAAGACCAUUCACCGUCUCCAUCCCUGGUGGGGCAGACGGUGGACAUCCAUUGGAUACAGCUGACCAAGCUCCGGUUGGUGAGAUGAAGGAGCAUGGCGAGAUGACCGUUGGCAAAGAGUCGGACAAAGCCGGUCAAACCAUCACCAAGUCCCCUCCUCCGGAAGACUUUGACGAUGGCUUACCACCUGAGGACGUUGCCCGUCCAACCUCUCCAACUUGGCUGCAUGGAACCGCAGAAGGGAGCAGCUCACUCAGCCCCCAGCCCCCGUUCCGGACCCACAUCCCCAAGGGGCAUCCGACCUCAGCCCUCCCCCCGGUGCCUCACGGAGGUCACCCCUUUGGCACCGAGGCUCCUCCGGCUCCUGCUGGCCUCCCCGAAUCUACCCGAAAGAGCAUUUACUCCGGGCUGAACGGGCGCUACUUCCAGAGACGGCGAGAGGGAGAAGGAGACAGUGGCGGCAGCCAGCCGAGCAUUGACGGGGGAGACGGCACCGCGGUGCCCACGACGCUCUCUGUCCUGGCGCUGGCAGUGCGCACGAUGGCAGACAACUCCAUCGAGGCCACCGCGAGGGAGGCGCCGAGCCCUGCCUCUGCUCUACGGGGCGGGGUAAUCUACGCCUUCUCCAACGAAGUGGAAGGGAAUGGUAAGCGAAUCUCCAGAUCUGUUUUCAUUUCAGUCAAACCCAGAGCUUGUGCUCUGAAGGUGCAAUGAGUCACAUUUGAGGUGACGUGUGCAUGGUUCAUCCUUGCCACCUCACAGCAGCCCUGUGAGGAAGCUGCCCAGGGUGGCUGGGGCAAACCAGAUAGGUGGGGUACAAAUCAUCAUCACGUACCCACGUACCUAUGGGACUGCCUCUCCUGGUCUGCCCCGCGGAGGACCUUAAGGACCAUAACUGACAACACUCUGGAGGUCCCAAGUCGCAAGGUGGUCUCAACUAGGGCCAGGGCCUUUUCAGUACUGGCCCCCACUUGGUGGAACGCUCUGUCACAAGGGACCAGGGCCCUGCGGGACUUGACAUCUUUCCGCAGGGCCUGCAAGACAGAGCUGUUCCGCCUGGCCUUUGGUUUGGACUCAGUCUGACCCUUAUGUUUCCCUCCCCUUAUGGUCUUGAUUUAUCAGCUACUUUUAAAAUGAGGCUGCAUUUUAAAUUGCGUUUUAACCUGUAUUUUAAAUUGCCCCUCCCAUUAUGUUUUUACUGUAAUUUUACUGGUGUUAGCCGCCCUGAGCCCGGCUCUGUCCGGGGAGGGCAGGGUAUAAAUAAAAUUUGUUAUUAUUAUUAUCCCUCAAGAUUGCCCAGGGAGCUUCCAUGGCUGAGGGGGUCCUAGCCCGACCCCCUAGCUGCUACCCCACUCUGUCUCUCACCAGGUUAUCCUCUCUCUGUUGCUCUCUUGGCCUGAUCUACCCCAGGGGUAAACCUAUGCCGCCUUGACCCCCAGGGCAGGAAGAACCUGUGAUAAUGCCAAUGCAUGCUUAAAAUCUGUCAUCCCCUUUCACCACAGCCCCUUUCUCCUGCAAAAGCAGAACCUGCAGGGGGGCAAAGGGCUCUUGUGCUGGGUCCUGGGGGAUUUCCCACUGGACAUUUGGUUGGCUGCUAUGAUAACAGGAUGCUGGACUAACAGAAUGCUUUGGCCUGAUCCGACGGCUGCAGGGCUCUUCUUAGUUUCUUACGCUUCCUAAAUGGAGCCUCCAUGGGCAGAGCUGGUCUACCACAGAGCAGUGGAGAACAAGAAUGGGUGAAGACUAUUUGCUCUCACAUCCUAUCUGUGGGCUUCCCUUUGGGGCAACUGGGUGGCCACCAUGAGGACAGGAUGUUGGAAGGCAGCCUGUCAUGGAUGCUUUAGCUGAGAUUCCUGCAUGGAUACGAUAUGAUAUGAUAAUCUUUAUUGUCACUGUCCCAUCCAGAGCAACGAAAUUGAAAGAAUCUACAUCAGACAUUCAAAAACCAACAAGCCUGCUAUCCCAGCCUGGUUAGCCCCCCAAAAAACUCUGAUACCCCGUAAUUAAAUACAAUAUACUCCCACAGAGACUACCUUACACUGCGUUUAAAACCAAAAUUGCAUUUGAAUAGAAAUGGGUUCUCAGACGGCUAGUCCUAGUCUUUAUAACCCUGUACCUUCUUCCAGAAGGCAGAAGCUGAAAGAGAUCAUUUCUGGGGUGAGACCCUCAGGGUCCCUUCCAACUCAACAACUCUAUGAUUCUAAAGCUGGGUGGGCUACUGGCCUUAUCCUGCCUUCUGACACCCUUAAAUGAAACAUUUGUGGCACUGCGCUAAUUUAUAGUAAUUCAGGAAGACUGCUCAUAAUAUAUCCACCUGAUGAAUCCCCCAUGUUCAAUUUCGCAGGGCUGAAAUGUUAUUAGCUUCUGUGGAGGCAUCCCAUAAUAGUCAAGACUCCCCAUCAUCUGCCUUGCCCUCUGCCUACCCUUUAUCACCCCAGAAGCUCCCAUUGCUGAGCCUGUCAUUUCCUCCUCCCUCUCUCCCCCCCCAAAAGACCUGCCAUCACCUUCAAAACGCCCGCAAUCCACAGGCACAAAGUGGGCAUUCUAUGCCAAUUAGCGCAUGUUUGCAUCUUGAUGGGAUGCACUUAUGCAUAAUUUCCGCUCAGAAAAAAAGCCUUAAAGCCAAUUAAGGAGGAAGCGUAUGUAUGUGUGUGUGGUCUCUGCAGGCGGAGUUAUUUUGCAAAUAUGCAUAAUUUUGACACUCAGGGUUAUGUGGAGAAUUUGCCAGAUUGUCCCAGGCGAUGGCUCUCAAAUUAAGAGAAAGUAGCCCGGCAGCGAGAAGUCAGGGUGGGAAGUCAAGAUGUGUGGGAAAUGGUCUAGGUGAGAAGGGCGAAAUUCUCUAGGAUCAGAAAGGGAAAGAGAGAAAUCAAGCGGGGAGCAUUCAGGAAAGUCUCACACCUUGCAAUGAUUCUAAAGUCACGUAUGUAGAUAGCCGUGUUGGUCUGAGGCAGUCGAAAUUAAUUUAAAAAAUAAAAAAUUGUUCAGUAGCACCUUAGAGACCAGUGAGGUUGUCUGUCUCCAAACACAGCUCCAACCCUGAGCCAGGAGGUUUUAUAGCCCUUCCAAAUCAGGGGUAUGAAAGAUUCCCUCGAUUCAAGUCCUUUGCUGGGCAAGCCACGCGCAGGAGGGAAUACUGCUCCAGCUGCCUGUGUGAUUGUUUCAGAACUGAUUCUUGUUAUUGGUGGCUUGAAAAAGGGGUGAGACACAUCUGCAAAGGAGACUUAUCUAGUGCAGCAUCCUGUCCAGCCAGAUAUCCCAAAUGGGAAGCCCCCCAAGCAGGACUCAAGAGUCUCCUCCACUCCUUCAGUUUCAGCAACUGGGACUUCGGAAGCAUCUCUGCCUGCAGCUGUGGAGGUGGAGUCUGGCCACCAGGCCCUCUCCUCCAGGAAUUCUUUUAACCCUCUUUUAUAGCUGUCCGGGGCUGCGGCCAUCUUGUGGAAGGGAGUUCCAUAGGGCUCAUCUCCCACCAUUCAGCAGAAGCGUUUCCACUCCAGAGGCUGCUGCUCUCUCUUUCUCCGAAACCUCCUGAGGGCCAGGUGGUUGAUGGAGGAGCCAGAGGCAAAAGAACCAGGCUUGGCAACCGUGGGCUCAUUUUUACCUUUGUGAAGUCGGCCGCUUUUGCUGAGGGACUAGAUGAACCUCAGGGGACUUGCCAACUCUAGGAUUAUUUGAUACCAGCCAUGCAACAAUCAGACUUUUUUGUUGUUGUUGUUUGUAACUAUUUCAGACACACACACACAAUUCUCGGUUCCUGAGCAAAAGGCAUCAUCAGAGUUUGAGGACACUUACCCAGUCAGGCAGAAGCUGUCAGGGCAGCUGCACCUCCCCCCCCCCCCCAAUUUCUCUGAUGAAAAGAGGGACAUGCUAUUCCAUGGGUAGGCAAACUAAGGCCCGGGGGCCGGAUGCAGCCCAAUCGCCUUCUAAAUCCGGCCCACGGAUGGUCCAGGAAUCAGCGUGUUUUUACAUGAGUAGAAUAUGUCCUUUUAUUGAAAAUGCAUCUCUGGGUUAUUUGUGGGGCCUGCCUGGUGUUUUUACAUGAGUAGAAUGUGUGCUUUUAUUAUUUUAUCUCUGGGUUAUUUGUGGGGCAUAGGAAUUUGUUCAUAUAUUUUUUUCAAAAUAUAGUCCGGCCCUCCACAAGGUCUGAGGGACAGUGGACCGGCCCCCUGCUGAAAAAGGUUGCUGAUCCCUGUUCUAUUCAAUAAUAAUAAUAAUAAUAAUAAUAAUAAUUAAUACCCCACCCACUGACUGGGCUGCCCCAGCUACUCUGGGCAACCAAGAAAAUAGGGGCACUUGGAGGGGGGGCCGGCAGGGUGUGUGAGCCCAGAAGAGAGAAUUGGGGGGUCACGUUGUACCCCUGGGUCUGAGGGCUCCAUCACCUGCACCUGUGGUGCAUAGGAACAACAACCAAAAAACCCCCUCUAAGGAUGCUAUCUCUUAAUCCCCGCCCCCUGGAGCAGAAGAGGACCUCAGCAGCCAGGAGCAGCCUGCUAAUGAGGAGGCAGUUGCCACGGCAACCACUCCAGAACGCUCCCUUGCAUCAAUCGUGGCGGGAGCCUUUUGUGACUGUACCACGGACAAACGGGUGGCUGGCGUGCGGCAGGGGGAAGCAGAGAAGGUCAAAAAGGAAGAGGCCAUGUUCAGUGGGGGAAAUUUGGUGUGUUCUAUUUAUUCUCCUUUUUUUGAUUAUGCAUAUGUCUUAAGAUUUUAUUUACUUGUUCAAUUUAUAUACCACCCUUUAUCCAAAGAUCCCAUGGUGGGGUGCGGCAUUAAGGACAUAAUAUGAUAAUAAUAAUAAUAAUAAUAAUAAUAAUAAUAAUAAUAAUAAUAAUAGCACACUGCUGUUGCUGGCAUCCAUUUCUUGAGAGACAAUGGAGUGUGCCUCCAGGGGUGAAGUCAAACCUCCCCGGGGCGCAAGCCUGGGCAGUAUGUCUGGAGGUCCUGGGCUGCCCAGACAAUUAAAUCUUCCAAAUUAUUACAGAACUGCAAUCACAUAUAUCGUGGUUUUUUGCUGCUCGUUUUCUUCUUGACUUCCCAUCCCUCCUUCCCUAGUUUUUUUUAUUCCCCCUUAACAGCUGCAUUAGAACACACCUGCAUUUAUUUUCUAACCCCCCAAAAUCCAUUCUCUAUUUUUCCAUUGCUCAUAUCCCAAAUCCUGCAUAUGAUUUCAUAUAAGGAAGAUAAUUUGAUAGGUAGUCCGCCAAUGGCCUUCAUUCUUCUAUGAAAACAUCAUCCUUUUGUCCUCUUAUUUUAGCAGUCAGUUUCACCAUUUCUGCACAGUCCACCAGUUUUAUAAAUCAUUCUUCCUUAGUUGGAAUCUCUUUGCCUUUCCAUUUCUGUGCAUAUAAAGUUCUAGCUGCAAUUGUCGCAUACAUAAAAAGGUUGGUCAGCUUUUUGGGAACCUCUGUUCUAUUAUCCCCAAUAAAAAGGCUUUGGGUUUUUCAGGAACGGUCAAUUUAAAUAUCUUUUUCAAUUCAUUGUACAUCAUUUCCCAGAAACCCUUAGCUUUCUUCUAUCAAUGCAUAAUUUUAUAAAUUUCUAUCCCCUGUCUUUGCUCGCAGGGUUAGCACCACCUGAGCAUCAAGGCCACCCAGAAAUGACCUUCUCCCCUGCUUCGGACUUCCUGGAGGACCCCAGUGCUGAGAAGACCACCCAGGGACACGAGGAAGCCUCUGUGCCAGAGAGCCAGGAACGGCCAACUCAUGAUGAGCACCCGGAUGCAUCCACGCCAGCCACACCCAAUGGGCCAUUGCACCGUCUGGAGGCAGUUGCCAUGACAACAGACGAUGCUCUGGAAGGCUCUCUCAUGGGUACCAGCAUCCGGGGAGACUACCCUCAAGGGAUCACUCAGCCUGGGGAGAACGAGGAGAUCUUCUCUGGAAACGGCGACGUCACGCCAACGACUCCUCUGAAGAAUGAGUCCCGGGCUGAUGAGGCGAGUGGAGAGUCCGAUUACGACUUCCGAGAAGGGCAUGCCAAGGCCGUGAGUUUUGCAGACGAGCUCCCUGGCUUGGAGGAAGCUGGGCAACACUUGCCCAGGGUGGUUCUAGAACGAUCAGAGAAACAGGAAGACACAGCAGGACAAGACCCCGUCCUGCAAGAAACCACCCAGCAUUCGGAGGUGGCACUGGCUGAGCUGAGAGGAGAAGAAGCUGUCACCCUCCCAGCAGAGGACAUCCCUUCCCCCAUGGCCGCCAAUGACUACCUGGUAGUGGCACGGCUGAUUUCCGGGGAGGCCGAUGCUUGGGGGGCGGUGGGGGGCGAGGAAGCCGCCACAAUGGAAAUCAAAGGGAGGGUGAGCUCAGGGCUGGUGGACGGACCUGCCGUCACCGAGGUCCUGAAUCUGUCCAAAGCAGAAGACCGCUGGGAGGUCAUAACUCCGAGCAUGAGUGGUCACUUUGAUGAUGGCAUGGCAGGCCGAUCCCCAGUCCCAGAAGCCGUCAGCUUGGUCGGGAGUAGCUCUGGCCCCCAGCAAGGCAAAGGCACCACUGGAACUCCCAGCCACAGUACAACCCGUGAUUUGACCCCUCCUGGGUUCCUUCCGAAAGGAUCAGAAGACGGCGAGGACUUGACAUCUCGGGGGACGCCUGAGUCUCCCUCGCCUCCCUGGAGCACAUCAGAACCUGCGCACCACAAUUUCGACACCUCUGAGCUGCCUGUUUAUCCCAGCGAUGGCGUGAUAACUGGGAAAGAGAGCGAGAGCUACCUCCCCACCGCCCCGGGGCAGAUCCUUCCGAUGGAGUCUGACGGGGGGAGUGGAGAGGAGAAAGGAGGCGACGUGUCUGCAGCCAAGGAGGUGGAGGGCCUGGCGUGGAUCGGAGAGGUCAAUGCCACCGUGCUUGGUGAGUUUCUUGCUACCCAGAAAACAUUUGGGCAGGUGAGGGAGGUGCUGGGGCUUUUGAAAGCUGGUAAGCUUGGCACACGGGUGGCGCUGUGGUCUAAACCACAGAGCUUAGGGUUUGCAGAUCAGAAGGUCGGCGGUUCGAAUCCCCGCCCCUGCCAACCUAGCAGUUCGAAAGCACAUCAGAGUGCAAGUAGAUAAAUAGGUACCACUCCAGCGGGAAGCUAAACGGCGUUUCCGUGCGCUGCUCUAGUUCGCCAGAAGCGGCUUAGUCAUGCUGGCCACAUGACCUGGAAGCUAUACGCCGGCUCCCUCGGCCAAUAAAGCGAGAUGAGCGCCGCAACCUCAGAGUCGUCCCCGACUGGACCUAACAGUCAGGGGUCCCUUUAUCUUUUUAAGCCUGGCAAAUAUCAUAGAAUCAUAGUGAUGGGUGGGGCCACAAGGGUCAUCUAGUCCAACCCCCUGCAAAACCCCCAAGCAGUUCACAUAAAAGACAGUAAUGUGCAGUAGUGGUUAGACCUGGGGGAGACCCGGGUUCAAGUUCCUGCCCAGCCAAGAAGCCCACUGAGUGACCCUGAGAGCCAGUUGCUGCUGCUCUUCCAAACCUACCUCACAGGGCUGUUGUGAGGACGAGAUGGAGUGGGGGGGGGCAGAACAUUUCUCCAACAUUUCUCCAAUGAAAAUACGGACAUUCUAUUCUAUAAUAAUAGUCGCAAUAAUUUUAUUAUUUAUACCCUGUCCAUCUGACUGGGUUGUCCCAGCCUCUCUGGGCAGCUUCCAACGUAUAUAAAAACAUAAUAAAACAUUAAACAUUUUAAAACGUCCCUAUGCAGGGCUGCCUUCAGAUGUCUCCUAAAGGUUGUCUAGUUACUUACCUCCUUGGCUCAGGGGUCACAUAACUCCAGACCCUCCAACAUUUCUUGGAUGAAACUAGGGACGUCCUAAGGAAAAGCGGGACCUUUUCAAAUCCGAAACAGGGGUGGCUUCUGUAAGUCCAGGACUGUCCCUGGAAAAUAGGGGCACUUGGAGGGGCUGUAUGGGCUGUCAGGAACCACCUUUGAUUUCUUUAUUUCCUCCCUCCCUGCCACCCCAAGCUCUCCACACACCCCUUAGGGAAGCUUCCAAUCCAAUAUUCAUCACCCGCCUUCGCUCAUCAGAAGAGUCGGCGUGGAAGAGUCCUGGCGGCAAAGGCUUUGCUGCGCAGCCUUUGAAGUCUUUCGCGAAGGAAUGGGGAAAGCAAAUAGACUUUUGGAGGGGUGGGGGAAGAACACAGAGGCAGGAAUUUAAAAACCAACCGAGUUAAUAUUAAACAGUGCUCCCGGGGCUACAAAUGGACGUGGAAAAAUAAUAUCUCCAGCGAAAAUAAUAUCCUCAGCACACUGGCGCACCCAGACACACAGACAAAGUUCAGUAACAGCAAAGGAGAAUUAUUAAUGUGAGAACAUUAAUACCCUCCAAGUGCCCCUCUCUCCCAGGGACAGUCCCAGAUUUACAGAAGGUGUCCUGCUUUCUGAUUCUGGAGUGGCCUCUUUUUCCUUAAAGGUAAAGAGACCCCAGACCAUUAGGUCCAGUCGUGUCCGACUCUGGGGUUGCUCAUUUCACUUUACUGGCCGAGGGAGCCGGCGUACAGCUUCCAGGUCAUGUGGCCAGCAUGACUAAGCCGCUUCUGGCGAACCAGAGCAGUGCACGGAAACGCCGUUUACCUUCCUGUCAGAGCGGUACCUAUUUAUCUAUUUGCACUUUGAUGUGCUUUCGAACUGCUAGGUUGGCAGGAGCAGGGACCAAGAAAUGGGAGCUCACCCCGUUGCGGGGAUUCGAACCGCCGACCUUCUGAUCGGCAAGUCCUAGGCUCUGUGGUUUAACCCACAGCGCCAGCCACGUCCCUUAGGACAUCCUUAUUGCCAUCAGAAAAAUGUUGGAAGGCAUGGAAUACAAUUUCCCUGAUUUUCAUCGGAAAAAUGUUGGAAAGUAUGGAUCAGGCCAGUGGCAUCCUGUCCUCACAGUGGGCAGUCCCCACAGGAAAUCCCCAAGCAGGGCCUGAGCACAAGAGCACACAGCCUGUGAUUCAGAACAAUGGGGGCUGGAAUCUUGAUUUAUUUUUGAAGGAAAUGGCUGUAGCUGAGUGGCAGAGCCCCUGCUGCAUUCAUCACAUAAGAAGAGAAGAAUGAGCUAGACGAGGCCAGUGGCUCAUUUAGUCCAGCUUCCUGUUCUCUCAGUGACUGACCAGAUGCCUGUGGGAAACUCGCAAUCAGGAUCUGAGCACAGGAGUCCUCUCUCCUCCUACAGUUUCCAGAAACAGGGGUGUUACGGUAAAAUCUGGGUGCAGGGUUACUCUGCCACCCUGCUCGUCGGACUAAGUCCGCGGGUCCCUGCGGAAGAAAAUGAGCUCAGCCGGAGACAGGAGCAAGUUCCAGGAGAUCCGAGUUUAUUGCGCAACAGGUUCAAGGCGAGAUUGAACAGCGAGAAAGGGGUGACAUGAACUUUUGAAAUUUCCCUCCAUGUCCCAGAAUACAGUGCAAAAAUACAUCCCAGUUACAUCAUGAAUACAUUAAGAAGAGGUUGGGUUACACAGAUUACAUCACGAAUACAUUAGGAAGAGGUUGGGUUACACCGGAUUAACAUAUGGAGGAGGGAGGGGGGAAUAUGCAGAGCUGGAGAUAUGCUCAGAUAAGCACAUCCUGAGAAGACAAUGGUCCAUGUAUGCAUAGUCUGUCACCUGGCAUCGCCCGGAGGAAGGGCUUGGCAGAGCGAUUUGACAGGAUUAGGGUCUUGACACCUUGCUUGAGGGAUUAUGGAGGGCAGGGGAGGUGUCAUGGAGUCCUAGAGAAAUUGAGCAAAUUGGCAAGUUGAUUUUCUAUGAAUUUUAUAGAUUUUAGUCCCUUUUGACAUUGGCAAUUGGAAAUAAAUGGAUAUAUUGUAGCGAAGAAGGUGAAGAAGAAGACAUGCCCCCCCCCUUCCGUAUCAGGGGUAAAGAAGCAUUGCUGACUGGUUGGCUUCCAGCAUAUGCAAAAGCAUAAUAAAACCUCAAACCCUUCCCAAUACAGGGCUGCCUUCUGAUGUCUUCUAAAAGUCAGAAAGUGGCAUUCCAUAGGGAGGGCGCCACCACCGAGAAGGCCCUCUGCCUGGUUCCCGGUAGCUUCACUUCUUGCAGUGAGGGAACGGCCAGAAGGCCCUCGGAGAUGGACCUCAGUGUCCGGGCUGAACGAUGGGGGUGGAGACGUUCCUUCAGGUCUACAGGGCCGAGGCUGUUGAAGGCUUUAAAUGUCAGCACCAACACUUUGGAUUGUGCUGGGAAACAUCCUGGGAGCCUGGAGAGAAUGUGGGGCUCAGGCAUGAAAAGGUCCCCCCUCGCCCCCACUGUGGGCUGCCUGAGAAUCAAUAGGCUGACUCUACUGAAGGCAUCUUCUUCAGAUAAGAGUGCGGCUCCUGCGCCAAUGGCUUUUUAAUGGUUAUUUCUUGUGCUGGAAUGUGCAGAGAGGGAGCCUGGCUCUCUCCAGCUGUUUAAGUGCCACUCGGAAGAUGAAAGGUGCUUUCAACACGCAGCCUUCGCUUCAGAGAGGUGAUCACGACGCCUGCGAUUCCUGCCAACUGCUCAAACACCCACACGGGUCCUUCUCUCCAGCUUUGUUGAAAAAGAGGAUUGCUGACCUGUUUCCCCGGAGACCGUUUGAAAGAGGGGCCUCGCCAAUUGUAGGAGGGAGGGGAUACCCCUCUUUGGCCCCCCGAACAUGUUUCCAGCACAAGGGGAGAUGCAGGGGGACUAUCAGUCGGCUUCCAGGACCCCUGAUUUAUUGGCUGAGUCCCACGAUUUCCGAGCCAAGCGAGGAGUGUGGAAAUCGUUAAAUGGGGAUUAAAUGGUACAAGCUGCCUCGUUAGAACGGGUCAUUAUGACCGGCUGAUUUACAGACCUAAGAAGAGUCUGCUAGAUCAGGCCAAUGGCAUACCCUCCGACAUGCCUCCAAUGAAAAAAAGGAUGUCAGUAAUAAUAAUAAUAAUAAUAAUAAUAAUAAUAGGACGUGGAUGGCGCUGUGGGCUAAACCACAGAGCCUAGGGCUUGCCGAUCAGAAGGUUGGCGGUUUGAAUCCCUGUGACGGGCUGAGCUCCCGUUGCUCGGUCCCUGCUCCUGCCCACCUAGCAAUUCGAAAGCACGUCAAAGUGCAAGUAGAUAAAUAGGUACGGCUCCGGCGGGAAGGUAAACGGCGUUUCCGUGCGCUGCUGUGGUUCACCAGAAGCGGCUUAGUCCUGCUGGCCACAUGACCCGGAAGCUGUACGCCGGCUCCCUUGGCCAGUAAAGUGAGAUGAGCGCCGCAACCCCAGAGUCGGUCAUGACUGGACCUAAUGGUCAGGGGUCCCUUUACCCUUUACCUUAAUAAUAAUAAUAUACUUUGCCUGUGGGGCUGGGUUGCCCCAGCCACUCUGCGCAGCUUCCAGUAUAUAUAAAAACAUUAAAAAGCAAACAUUAAAAACUUUCCUAUCCAGGGCUGCUUUCAGAUGUCUUCAAAAGGUUGCUUACUGGUAGUUAACUCAUCUCCUUUGUUCGGAGGUCACAUAACUCCAUACCUUCCAACCCUUCUCAGAUGGAAAUAGGGACAUCCCUGGAAAAUAGGGAUACUGGGUCUGCCUUUGGUAUGAUCCUACUGGGAAAUUCCAGUCUCCUUAAGCUUUGCUUGAAAAGACAAUGCCUGAUGAAUACUGGGCUCUGUAUGCGGAAACUCAGUGUUCAGAGUAAUAAUAUGCACCUUUCCCCCCUAUUUGGCGAUUAGCAGAAGCAGAGUGGAUUAUGCAAAGCGAGAUUAUGCAGAGAUGUUUCUCCUUUUGCAUCCUGAUUUUACAGAGGCGCAGAAUUUGGGAUUGUCUGAUCUUACUGCUUUCCUCCCUGUCUCCUCUCCUCCCCCCCACUCUCCUUGCAGCGGAAACUGACCCCUGCGACAACGACCCCUGUUUGCAUGGGGGCACCUGCCAGUCCAGCGGAAACCUCUCCACCUGCAGCUGCCCCCGGGGGUUCACGGGAGAGAACUGCGAAAUAGGUGAAGGGGCGCUAGGGGAGGGAGGAUCGAGAAUCAUAGAAGAGUUGGAAGGGGACCAGGAGGGUCAUCUGGUCCAGCCCCCUGAAAUGCAUGAAUCUUAUGGGAAUAUUCAAGGAUGCAGGAGAGGAUAUACCGUAUUUUUCUCUCUAUAACACUCACAUUUUUUCUCCUAAAAAGUAAAGGGAAAUGUCUGUGUGUGUUAUUGAGCGAAUGUGUGGUCCUUGGAGCCGACUGGCCCGAGUGCAGGGGCAAAAAUCAGGCAAAAAUCAGAUCGCGCGCUGCAGAGAGGAGGCUGCUGCUUUCCUGCAUUCUGCCUCAGGGUCUUAUUGCCCACCCUCUUCUGUUUUCAGUUGCUUUGUUUACAAAGUUGUAAAAGCUGUUUUUGGUUGCUGUGGUUACAAAGCACAGAUCCACAUGGAUUCUCAGGAUUUUUGCAUUGGCCUACCCCAAACUCACCGUCAAAUCACAUGUCUGUGGCCACAGCAUGAAGCACCAAAAUGAUACAUCCACUGUUUCAUUCAGAUUUUUUUUUCUUGUUUUCCUCCUCUAAAAACUAUGUGCGUGUUAUGGUCAGGUGCGUGUUAUAGAGCGAAAAAUACAGUAUUGUUUGAUUAUAGCCUUUCCAACUUGUGUUAACAAGUUCACAAUUUUAGCAGAGUAACAUUCCCCCUUUUAAACUCACAGCGGAUGCGUUUGCUCAGGCUCACUAAAGCCUCUAUAAUAACUGUUCUGGUAUUUUCCCCUUAUUCCCCCAUAAAAGAUAAGACACAACACAGUCUUCUUUAAAAGUAUAAAAAGAGUUUACUCACAUUCUGUUCAGAAUCGGAUCCUAGAAGGCAGACUUAGCUUAGAAAAGUAACAUACACCUGGAAACUAUCCCUUUGUCCUCUCUUGACUGGAGGCCAAGAGAGCAUCUUUGGCUAAGCAGAUGUUGCUUCUUCAAUGCAUGUAGUCACAGAGAGAGAGAGAGAUGGCUGCCCUGCCCGGUGCUUUUGUGCACAGGUGAGGCCUGCACAGGUGAGGCCACGCCCACCUCUAGUCACAUGCAGAGGAAGUCUGUCCCAGCCCAGAAGGAAACAGGAAGUUUACCUGCUGGCUGGACAAACAUUCCUCCCCAUGUGUAAACAUGUUCACUCUAGGAAGGUUGUAUUUGACUGCUCUUGUGUUUCACAUCCCAGAAAUCUUUUGCCCAAUGUGAGACUCAAACCCGAAAUCUGCUCACAUUUAGCCACCGUGUGUGUUUGUGUGUGUUUGUGUGUGUGAUUGUCACCUUCCUCUAAUAGCAAACUCGGGUGCUGCAGACUGACAACUUUCUAACCACUGGAGGAAAGACCCAUCUCUCUCAAAAGAUGGAUAAAAGAGGGCUUUUCAGUAGGGAUAGUGGGUACAAACGAAAUCAUAGAAUUGGAGAGUUGGAAGCAGGGGCAGAUUUAGGUUUGAUGAGGCCCUCAGCUCCUGAAGGUAAAGGGGCCCUUUAUAUGUCCAGCUGUCCUUUGUCAUCAACAAAUUGUCACUGUUUUUGGUGUUGAAUAUAUGCUAUGUGGUAAUUUAUGGUCCUAAUAGGUAUCUAAAGCCAUUUGCACAUAACAAAUAGGAGCCUACACAACACAAAACACUCUUGCUGUACGUAGGUUUUAUUUUAUUUGUUUUUUAUUUUAUAUUUUGGAAAUGUACAUCCAGUUUUUUUUUCAUUUAGUUUUUUUGGGGGGGCAAAGAGAGUGGGGAGCUAAGCUAUAGCUUGUUUAGCUUAUAUGUAAAUCUGGUACUGGCUGGAAGGGACCCCAAGAGUCAUCUAGUCCAACCCUUUGCAAUGCAGGAAUCUCAGCUAAAGCAUCCCUGACAGAUGGCCAACCAACCUCUGCUUAAAGGUACGCCUGAGGAAUACCCUUCCUCGAAUGGCUCUUACUGACAGAAAGUUUUUCCUGAUGCUUAGCUAGAAUCUCCUUUCUUGUAACUUGAAGUCCUGGGUUCGAGUCCUACCCUGUGGAGCAGGAGUAAACCAACUUGCACCAUCUUCCAGGCGACACCCAGCUGAUGCUGCUAAAUUUCGGUGGGUCCACUCUGAGGAAGGGUGUCCCUUCAGAGGGAAAAGGCGUCAGGGCAAAAGAUUCCUGCAUAGCAGGUGGGUGGGCCAGAUGACCCUCGUGGCCCCUUCCAACAAUUCUAUGAUUCCAUGAUUUUGAAGCUGCAUGCUGGAAAAUUCAGGAUAGAAGAGGCUGCUGGACCAGAUGGGCCAUUGGCCUGAUCCUGCGGGCUCUCCUGAUGGUCUCAUCAAAUGCCGUGUGAGGCUGUGAACACAAGGAAGGAGGAGGCGGAUGUGCAUCUGAAGGGCAGCUUUGAGCUCAGAGCCCAUCUGGGCUUUGACAGGAGGCAGCCAGCUGCAUCCAAAGAGGAGAAUUAAGGCUGCCACAAUGCCGCUUUUCUGAUGCACCAGCACAUCCAGGGCCACCCAUGCACACCUGACGGACGUGCGAAAGCUCACGCACUUCGCACGAGACAGGGGCAGGAGGUCUGCCUCUUUCCAGGGCUAAAGGGAACCCGGUCCAUGGAGGUGGCAACCACAGGAGGGUGGCCUGGGAGAGGCCUCAAGGGCCAGAUGGAGAGGUGUGGCGGGCCACACACACACCCCUCCUGCCAGGCUGCUGUGGCUCACAGGAUCUCUGGGGUAGCAGUCAGCAGAGCAUGAGACUCUGAAUCUCAAGAUUGGUUCGAGCCCCAGUUGGUCAAAAGAUUUCUGUUGGACUCGAUGACCCUCACGGUCCCUCUACAAUUCUAUGAUUCUAUGCCAAGAAGAUAGGAAGUGACCUCUCUUUCCCCAAGACCAGUGGGAUCUGUUAGAGUCUUAGAAUCAUAGAACCGUAGAGUUGGAAGGGACUCCAAAGGUCAUCUAGGCCAUCCCCCUGCAAUGCAGGAAUCCAAACUGAAGCAUCCAUGACAGAUGGCCAUCUGUAUGGCCGCAGGCUGGCUGGACCAAUGGUCAGAGUCAAAAGGCAGCUUCAGGGUGGCAGAGGUUUACAUCAGGGGUGGAGUGCCUCAGGGCCAGGAUCCCAAUUGCGGCCCUCACAGCCUCGCCGAGUGGCCCUCACAGGAUACCCAUCAGGCUGCACUCCCUCUCGCUCAGUAGAAGGCAGCUCCCUGCGUUGCUGUUCAAAAUCACAAUAAUGAGGACUAGGACCUUAGCUUUGUUUUUAAAGUUGCAGUUAGACCAGAGGUGGGACCCACAAACGCAUGGCCACUGGGGCUCUGCCCCUUCUCUCAAGGCCAGCCCCCCUCCAAUAUUGGUCUCCUCUUUCCUCCUUCCCAUACAGAUAUUGACGACUGCUUGUCCAGCCCCUGCCAGAACGGAGGGACCUGCAUCGAUGAGAUCAAUUCCUUUGUUUGCCUUUGCCUGCCCAGCUACGGAGGCAGCCUCUGCGACCGAGGUGAGAGCGGGGAGCCCCUUCCCUCUGCCCCAGCGUGUCUUCCAUGAAAAUAGGGGCAUCCUAUUCUACAACAGGAAGCUUCUCCCGUGUUUGAUCCAUAGCUGUCAAAUUUUCCCUUUUCUUGCGAGGAAUCCUAUUCGGAAUAAGGGAAUUUCCCUUAAAAAAAGGAAAAAGUUGACAGCUAUGGUUUGAUCUUGCUGCAAACAUAGACGUCAUAUGCACAUCGACAUUGGUCACCUUGUGUUGUACAGGGAAAAUGUGCGAGGGAAGGGAUCAACACCUUCCACAGAUAAAUGGAAUGAAAUAAGAUUUUGGCAGUAAGCUGCCCUGGGACCCUGUCAGGGAAAAAGGCAGAAUAAUAGUAGUAGUACUAGUAGUAGUAGUAGUAGUAGUAGUAAUAAUAAUAAUAAUAAUAAUAAUAAUGGAAACUGUGAGAAUGAUCAGACAGUAAAUCCUAUUGAACUUAAUGGUACUUGGUUAUGAGUAAAAAUGCUUAGGGUCGCAGUGUAAGGCUGCCCAGUCUUGACGCAGUUGCCUGGGAGUAAGUUCUAUUGAAUACAGUGGGACUUACUUCUGAGUAGACAGGGCAAUAAAGGAAUCAACACUCCCUGCAUUUCCUAAGAAACGGCUGGCUGCACAUGGCCCUCAGCCCCUCUCUCCAGGCCAUACUUCCUGGCCACAGGCCACACCCCUUCUCCCUAAGCCACGCCCCCUCACCUGCCCUGCUUCUCACCUUCCUUGUGCAUCAGAAGCCAGCCUACAGCAUAAAGAGGUGAAAUUGACAUUUGUUGCAAAUGUCAAAUGUAAUUGAUAUUUUUUUUAAAUCAUUUUAAUUGAUUUUCCAAUAAAAAAAUCCAGUUAAUAUAUCCAAUCAUAAUACUCCAAUUAAAAUAAAAAACUAAAAUAAAAAAGACCAAAUUAUAGUCCAAAAUAUAUUUAUUAAUUUUUCGGAGCUCCCCACAGUCUGGAUCUCUGAAGCGAAUCUCCAUAUCUUAGUCGUGCUUCUCCUCGUUGUUUCCAUAUUUUCCACAUCUCAGUUUUAAUGCUUCCUAAUUCUUUGUCCCCGAGUCCACAAUUCUCAAUUAUGUGAAACAUCUUAUACUUUCAUCCAUCGAAUACAGCUUUGUUAAUACAUAUUUUUCCAACUGUCUUUUUAUCAGCGCGGCUAAAUUUAUUUAAUAAUAAUACAUAUUUUAAUAAAGAAGAAGAAGAAGUUUCCCCUCUUCCCACACUCCCUCCUCCACAGGGUGUAGCGUUGCCAAUUGCUAAUUGCCCACAGGGUGCCCACGCUUCGCCUUAGACGAGUGUCAACUCUCAGGGCUCCUCUGCCGAUUCUCACUCUCCUUUCUCUCCCACUCAGACACGGAGGGAUGCGACCACAACUGGAACAAGUUCCAGGGCCACUGCUACCGCUACUUCGCCCACCGACGCUCCUGGGAGGACGCAGAGAGGGAUUGCCGCCACCGGUCGGGUCACCUGACCAGCAUCCAUUCAUGGGAGGAGCACAACUUCAUCAACAGUAGGUUGGCAGUCCAGGGGUGGGAGAGAAGGAGGUGCCCCACGGCUGGCGGGCAGGGGGAAGAAUCCCAAGCAAGAGCCUGCUUUAAUUAUUUUCAAAGGAAUGUAUAAAUCACUUAAUCAAGUACAGUCAUACCUCUUGUUAUGUUUGCUUCAGGUUAAAUCUUUUCAGGUUGCAUCCUGCGGCGACCCGGAAGUACCAGAAACGGUUACUUCCAGGUUUUGCUGCUCGCGCAUGCGCAGAUGCUCAAAAUGAUGCCGCGCGCAUGUGCAGAAGCAGCGAAUCUCGACCCACGCACACGCAGGUGCGGUUUGCGUUCUGCUCAUGUUGCGAACGGGGCUCCAGAACGGAUCCCGUUCGCAACCAGAGGUACCACUGUACUAGUCGUUUUAUUACGGUCAAUGGCCAGUAUCAAAGCAAAGGACAUCAACUGCAGAAAAGCACAUGGGGACCAUGUUUCUAGCAAUGCUCAGAGGAACUCAUUGGCUAUACAAAAAUUCUUUAGAUAGAAAAGAGACUGUUCUACCUUUGAAAUUAUAUGAAGCAGAGUCUAUAGCCCCUCUUAUAUGGUGCCUAGCUAGGCCUCUUUCCUGAUUUGAUGUCCUAAGAGCACAUAGAAUCUAAAUUUCUAAAAUCGCUUAAUCAAUUUCCUUUUUUUUAAAAAAUGGGUCAAUCAACAAUCAAUCAAUCAAUCAAUCAAUCAAUCUCCAAGCAGUGUACCAAUGGGAAUUUCACAGGCAGGGCAUGUGAGGAAACAGACCUUCUCUGCUGUGUUGCUCUCUAGCAAACAUCAUGACAGAAUUGUAGAGUUGGAUCCCAAGGCAGAACACUGAACUAUUGAGAGGCGUAGGCUGGCUUCUCGGUUUCCCCUGCAUCGUGAUUUUUUAUUUUCAGUACUUUUUAUUAUUAUUUUCAUGGUGCAGAAGAUAAGUUUUGAGAAAACAAUGGUUACAACAGUAAGCAACAGGUAGCUUUUCGCAUUGCACACACAUCAUGAUUCGUGAUAUAUUGCCAGGUCAAAAAUUAUGGAACUGGUAUCACAAUAUGGACUUCAAACCUGUUUGGGGUGUUAUAUCGAUAUAUCACCCAGCCCUCGCAGCUGCCUAGACCUCGUUGCUGGAUGCAAAGGUGCACCAUGGCAGUUCAAGCUCCAGGUCCCCCAGAAUGUAGGCCUGCCGCUGGUCGUCAGCCAGAUUCACCCCAAUGGGGACCCCCCCCCGAAUAGAUCCUGAGCACGACAGCAGCAAUUGCACCCCUCUUGCAAUUCCCAGUCAGUGGCACUUUGGAGACUGACUCCCUACAGGUGUGGAAAGUAGCCGUCACAGGUAGCAGCCGUGAUCUCCUUCUCCUCUGCGCCCCGCGUCCACUCACUCCUUGUUUUCCAUGCAGGCUUUGGACAGGAGAACACAUGGAUUGGCUUGAACGACCGCAUUGUGGAGCAGGAUUUCCAGUGGACGGACAACACCGGACUGGUGAGCCCAGCGGGUGGGUGGACAGGGCAGGGGAGCCAGACCGGCUGUCCCUGAGCAAUGCUGAGCUGGACGGGCUGGUUAAAGGCAACUAUUUAAAACCUUUGAAAAAAAUAAAAUCAACCAUAAGCUUUUUUAAAAAAAGGAUUAAAACAUAUGUCAACAUUUCAGCUUUGCUAAGCAAACAUGUUUUUAGCAGCUGCUGAAAAGGGUACAGCCAAGUCGGCUGCCUGGUGUCAAUUGGCAGGGAGUUCCAAAGUUACAUUACAUUAUUAUUAUUAUUUAAAAACAAAACAAAAGAUUCUCUUUCAUUUUGUUUUUAUCUCUUUCUCUUUUGUCCUUUCCUUGUUAAAUUUGCAACUGGCACUUCAGAUUUUACAAAAAGAGAGAGAAGCUGAGCAAAAAUGAAACAGAGAGCUUGGCUCCUACCUGGUGGUGACGGUGACACCCACCCUGAGUGCCUCUUUGUGCCUCUUUGUAUUCUAGAAUUAGAGAAUCACAGAGUUGGAAGGGACCUAAAGGGUCCUCUAGCCCAACCCCCUGUUCUGUCUGCUUCUAACUCCUUGUCGCCCUCUGCUGUUGGCUAGCAAUACGAGAACUGGCGCCAGAACCAGCCGGACAACUUUUUCGCUGGCGGUGAGGACUGCGUGGUGCUGGUGUCCCACGAGACCGGGAAGUGGAAUGAUGUCCCUUGCAAUUACAACCUGCCCUACGUCUGCAAAAAGGAUACAGGUAAACUCGCUCCCCUUUCCCUGAUUGGCCAUUGGCGUGUGGAUAGGCCCCGCCCCCAGUCUCUUAUUAGGUAAGGGGAGGAAGGCAGAGUUUCCAGUUUUUCCUCCAAGCAGCUCAGGUCUAAUGCAUCACGUUCUUCCCCUACUCCUUUAACACCCACGGCAACCCUGAGAGGUAGGUUAGGCCAGUGUUUCCCAAACUUGGGUCUCCGGCUGUUUUCAGACUACAAUUCCCAUCAUCCCUGACCCACUAGGAUGAUGGGCAUUGUAGUCCAAAAACAGCCAAAGACCCAAGUUUGGGGAACACUGGCUAGGCUGAGAGGCAGGGAAUGGCACAUAUGAGCUUCGUGGCCGAAAGAGGGUCGGGAUUUGAACUCUGGUCUCUUCCAACUCCUAGUCUGGCACUCUAACCACUAUGCAACACUGCCUCUCUAGGAUUGCUUCUGCCUGGCCCCUGUCUGUUAUUGACUCUUUGUCCUGCCUGUCAUGUCUCUGGCUCCAUCCCACUCCAACCUCCACCCCAGCAGGCAGCGCUGCUCAAUGGUCAGGAAUGAGGAUAUGAGAAUAUUAGAAGCGUAGAAUCAUUGAAUUGUGGAGUUGGAAGGGACCCUGAGGGUCAUCUAGUCCAACCUCCUGCAAUGCAGGAAUAUGCAGCUGUCCUGCAUGGGGAUCGAACCUGCAACCUUCACAUUAUCAGCACAGUGCUCUAACCAGCUGAGCAAUCCCAGCUGUACAACCCAUCACCUUUUCUGUCUUGGGACUAUUUGCUGCUGUUGAUUUUUUUUGAAAUGCAGAGAAUUAAAGCCGAGUUUCACAUAAUCAAGCCCUCUGGGAUCUUAAUUUGCCUUGCUUCCCGACCCACGGAAGCCAUCAGCGGUGAAACAUUUCCCUCUUCAAGCCCUCUCCCCAGACAACCUCAAUUUCCUCUUUAUUAAUGUGUUCGGAAAUGAAGCCGUUAGGAGGGUUGAAGCCCAGGCCCCCCCAUUCCUUAUCUGAGAAAUUGCAUUAACCACAAGCUGUUCACCCAAGAAAUACAAGCUUCCGAUUCUGUGGGGUGUUGGUGGCUGAGAGCUGGCAAUUUCAUUUCAUUUGUAUGUAUCUUAGCGCGUUAAUAGUCAUUAUAGGCUCUCCACAGAUAUGUUUGUGGUAUUGCUAGGAUAAAUUUGCUAUCUACUUAUCUAUGACUUUAAAAUAAGUCAUAUAUACCCGCAAUAAAUAUAUAUCAGUAACAUAUCCAAUAAAGUAAUACGUAUUCAAUAAUCGGAAAUUCACUCUCAACAGUUGCGGUAAAUCAUUAUUAGUGCAUCUGUUCCUGGCAAAAUAUGCAGCGCCAAGGUCUAAUUCACAGGCCAGAGGGCUGUCCCCCCAACACACUGUGUCCCCAAAGGAGCAUCUCCACCCCUGCCAUUCAUCCUGGCCUUCUCAGUGGUGGCUCCCUCCCUGUGGAAUGUCCUCCCAUCAGAUGUCAAGGAGAUCUUUAUCUCCUUGACAUCUGACUUUUAGAAGACAUCUGAAGGUUUUAAGGUUUACUUUGUUUUUAUAUUUUGCUGGAAACUGCCCAGAGUGGCUAAGGCAACUCAGUCGGAUGGGCAGCAUAUUAUUUAGUAGUAGUAGUAGUAGUAGUAGUUAGGUUAGGCUGAGAGGCAGCAACUAGCCCCCAGGGUCACCUAGCGUGAGCCUCAAGACUCAGCAGGGAUUUGAACCCUCAUCCCUCCCUGUUCCUGGCUCAACACUUCAACCACUACACCACACUUCCUCUUAAAAGAGGUCUGGUGUCUUUUAUCCCUGCUUAUGGGUUCCUGGAGGCCUGUGAUUGGACGGACAGACCUUUGGCCUCAUCCUGCAGGACUCUUCUUACGUUCCUAACAAACCAACCACAGGAACAUUUCCUCUCUCAAUUUUGUUCUUUCUUCGGUUUGUAAGACGCCUUGUGCCUAGUAAUGUGGGAAGGCGGCGUACAAAUUAAAAGUGAAAGGAAGGGCAUUUCUCACGGCCUCCUCCUCCGCCCUUUUGCACUCUCCGCUCCAGUGCUGUGUGGUCCUCCCCCCACGGUGGAGAACGCCUUCCCCAUCGGCAAGAAGCGAGAGAAGUACAGCGUCCACGCCACGGUCCGCUACCAGUGCCAGGAAGGCUUCCUGCAGAGGCACGUGCCCACCAUCAAAUGCCACGUCAACGGGACGUGGGACAGGCCCAGAAUCGUGUGCACAAAACGUGAGUCCCCAGGGAGGCGGCUCAUAGAAUUGUAGAGUUGGAAGGGACCCUGAGGGUCAUCCAGUCCAACCCGCUGCAAUGCAGGAACCAGGGUUGGUGUGAACCUCAGGGUUUGUGGCACAAAAUGGCGCAAAACAAGCUCAAAACUUUGGCACCGGUUUGGAGGGGAUCCCGAAUUUCAGGGUUUGUAGUUAAUAAAGCUCUUGGGCUUUGCCCAAGCUUGACUUGACCUGCUCAGAAGAGACUCUAUUCAUUACUUCUCUUCCUCCAUAAAGCCCCAGCAGGACUGACGGGUGAGAGGCAGCUGUCUGGCCUCUGUUUCAGUCAGCAGCAGGAGAGAAAACAUGUUGGCAUCUUCCUUUACUUUGCAGGAAGGAGAGAAACUUAGAUGGAUCAGGCUCGUCGGGGGAGGAGGGAAGGAAGGAAGGUUUUGCAUUAGGAGUGCAACCUAGCAAUGCUUUGCAACUAAAUCUCUUUUCCCGCCCCCUUCGCCUUCCAGCCAGACGGUCCCACCGAAUCCGCCGCCACCAUCGCCGCCACCACAAGCACCACCAGCACAAAUCCCGCAAGGACCGCAGGAAACACUCCAAGCAGCACCCAAAGCUGGACUGGACGGAGGAAGACGGGAACUACUUUUAA